ACUUACUAUAUUUCAUGAAAUAUUUUAGAUCCAGCGUAUGGAUGAACAAAAGAGCUCAGAAGUUACUCAUGAACUUAGAUGGUUAUCCCGUGGACCAUCUGAGGUAGUAAGAAGAUACACAGGUUAUGCGAUUAAUGGUUUUAGAUUCCACACAAAGAAGAGAGAGAGAUUUUUGAAAACACAAAAUAGUGGAGUUGUUGUAAAGACAAAGACCUCAACAGAUGAAAUUAAUUACUAUGGGGCAAUAACUGAUAUACUGCUGUUGGAUUAUUCUGGAAAGUACAAGUUUGUGUUAUUUAAAUGUGAUUGGGUUGAUAUUAAUAAAGGUAUCAAGAAAGAUAAGUUUGGUAUGACGCUUGUCAAUUUCAAAUUUUUAAAACAUACUGGGAAAAAUAUUUGUGAUGACCCAUUUGUGUUUGCAUCACAAGCUAAAAAGGUGUUUUAUAUAUAUGAUGAGAGAAACAAGGAUUGGCUUGUUGUUCUCAAUGCAAAAGUUAGAGAUAUCUAUGAUAUGGGUGAUGAGGAAUCUAAUGAAAUUGAAGAAAUUCAUGGGCAACUAAUGGGCGAUACAAGUGAAGCUACUCAAAAUGUUAAUGAUUUGGUUAGGCUUCAAGUUGAAGACGAUAAUGAUUUUUUUGAAGUUGUUGAUGUUGAUAAUAUGGAUGAUGAUGAAGAUAAUGAAGAUGAUGAGGAAGACGAAUGAAAGAAGCAAUGGCUCGAAGAAGAAAGUUAAAUAUUCGACAUCGAGCAAGUGAUAAUGAAGGAAUUCAGUCUACUUCUAAUAAUACAAACUCAACCAAUGUAGAAGGAAGUAAUGUUGCAGAAACUCGUUCUAGUCCUUGUCAUGCAGAAGGUGUCAUACGUGAGUCUGUAGAAUCUCACUCAAUUCCCUCUGAUAUAGAAGUUGAAGAAGAACAAAUUGAAAAAGAAGUAGAGCCUAAAUGGGCUAGAGGUCCUACAAAAAUGUUAGAUGUAUGGGAAAUGGAAGAUGGUGAUUUAAUAAUCGUUAAUUUGGACAAAUAUGGUCGACCCAUUGGUGAGGAAGGGACAACUCUAACUCGUUUCAUUGGUAGUGUAGCUAGAAGGUAUCAAUAUGCUCAUAUCGACUACAAGUCAUGGAAAGUCAUGCCAAAUGAUUACAAAGAAGAAAUAUUGAAAUGA